AUGCAGCGCCAACCCUUCUCUCCGCCUCAAAAAUCCCCUGAAUUAUUCCACCCUCGCCCUCAGCACAUCUCACAAGUCCCAAUGAUGCGAUCCCCUCCGCCUCCUGCUUCACAGAACUCGUCACAGCCCCAGGUGAAUAGCUAUGGGAAUCCUUAUCAGUCGCCGCCUGCAGGGGGAGGUGGUGGUGCAGGGGGAGGCUUCGGUCCCAACUUCGGCUUCAUGAGCGACCCGACAGCCCAGAUGGGGUUUCAAGUAGGGCAGCAUGCGAUGAAGGCUGGACAAGAGUAUAUGGAACAGAAUUUGAACCGCUACAUUUCCGUCUCGGCACUGAAACACUACUUCAACGUCUCAAACUCGUACGUGGUACGGAAACUGCUACUCGUCCUAUUUCCCUGGCGGCACAAGCCCUGGACGCGGCAACAAGCUCGCAUGACCACCUCCUCGACCGCCGCCGACGGCACAAUGACCCAACAAUCCUAUUCCUUCAACUACCUCCCGCCCCGCGACGACCUCAAUUCGCCCGACAUGUACAUACCGAUAAUGGCGCUGAUCACCUACAUCCUCCUGUCGACCGUGCUGGCCGGGAUCCGGGGGUCAUUCCACCCGGAACUGCUGGGCAGCAUCACCAGCACGGCGAUUUUCGUCAUCAUCUUCGAAAUCAUCGUCCUGAAGAUCGCCAUGUACAUGCUGAGCAUCAGCAACGACUCUCAACUUUUGGACCUGGUGGCCUAUUCCGGCUACAAAUUCGUCGGGGUGAUAGUGACACUCUUCUUCAGCGAGCUCCUAACCGGCGGGAGCGGGACGAACAACUGGGUGGGCUGGACCUUGUUCCUGUACACCUGGUACGCGAAUGCAUUCUUUCUGCUAAGGUCGUUAAAAUACGUCCUCCUCCCGGACGCCUCUUCGAGCGACCCGACGGCCAUGGGCCGAGGCGGGAGCUCGUACACGGCGGCACGCGCCCAAAAGAACCGCCGCACGUAUUUCCUGGCGCUGUACGCGUUCGUGAUCCAGAUGCUGUUCAUGUGGAUCCUCAGCCGUGAAGAGGCCGCCGUCAAGACCGUGGCCAGCAGACUUGCCGGUCCUAGAGUAUAG